AUGUCUGGGAAAAGAUCCGCACUCGUCCUCGACGCGACUGGCACCACAGAAAAACACCUCCUGCGCGAUGUACUCGCGUCGCCCGAGUUCGCGCGCGUCGGCGAGUACAGGCGCCGCGUCACGCUCGCCGAGGCUGUCAAGGCGUAUGUGGGGAAGGAGAAGCUUGAGCCCUCGGAAGUGCACGCGCAUAGUCCGCAGGCGGGAACGCGACCUCUAUUUCCUCUAUGUCAAAACAAAGGCCUCACCGAGCUCGAGCUCGCCGCGCUCGGCUACAAGGAGACCAUCGUCUUCCGCCCCGCGUUUCUGAGAGGUGCUGAGCGUCCCGAGCGUCGUGCUGCCGAGAGCGUUUUCGGCUACAUCAGCGGUGCCCUGUCGACCGUGUCGUCCAGCAUGGAGAUUCCGACUUCCAAUCAACUUCUAAUUGCGCCUUCCGAACUUCGUAAAACGCCAAGCCAAUAUUCGGGCCCCAGAAUCAGAGAUGGGAAGAUGCCCUUGACAUUCAUUCGUGCUAUUGCUGUGAUGGUGGCGCGCGAAAACGUCAAGGCGCUGAGAGCGGUACCUAGAUCAACGUUAACAUCAACUAUCAUCGAUGUCCGUUCGAAGGCGUCCUCAACCGGCGAGCUCAGGCACCAAACAAUAGAGGGGCUCUCAGCCCCAGCGGGACAGAAGGCGAUACCGUCGAUGCUGCUGUAUGACGAGCGCGGUCUGCAGUUGUACGAUGCCGUCACGACGGAAGCACCGGAAUACUACCCCUUCGCAGCGGAAGAGGAGAUCUUGCGACGCCACUCCGAGGACAUCGCACGGGCUAUGCACGUCGGUCCUGGCAGUGUCGUACCCGGCGAGACGGUUCUGGAGCUUGGAGCUGGUCUUCCAGACCUUGGCAAUUGCCAUUAUAAACCUCUGUUGAUGAGGGACGAGAUUGUCCAGUUACUGAUCCCGUACAAUGUUCCAACGCCAUCUAGUGCCUUGCGUAAAACUUCCCAUAUUCUUGAGGCGCUCUCCGCACUCGUCCCUUCCUCCUCUUCAGCCCCACCCAUUACGUACUAUGCUCUCGACCUCGAAAAGCGAGAGCUUGAACGCACUCUCAACGACCUAUCCGAUUCUGAAGUAGGCAGACGCGUCUCUGGAAAGAUCCAUCUUAAAGGCAUGCACGGCACGUACGACAACGGCAUCGAGUUCGUCAAUGAGGGUGGCCUCCGCACAACGAACCUGCCCGGUGCGGGCCUCGACCUCGAGCGUUUCCACGUCAGAGACGGGGACGCCCUCCACGACCGCGAGCUCUCUCCUGGCACCUAUUCGUCGGUCUUGUCAGGCUCGUCCUCCUCAGGUAGCCACAGCCCCUCGCGAGGAACGGACGCGACGGUGUUCACGCCUGACAUCUACCAGGCACCGUUGCAUAUGAUGUUCCUUGGCUCCACUCUGGGCAACUUCGAGCGCGGCGAUGACGCCGGGUUUCUGCGUUCGUUCCCGCUUAGGCCAGGCUCGGGCGAUACGCUGCUUAUUGGGCUGGACCACAACAACGAUAAAGCGGAAAUUGAGCUAGCGUACAACGACCCGGGCGGUCACUGUCGCGAGUUUAUUCUGAAUGGGCUCAAGGCGGCUGGGAGCGUCUUGGGAGAUGAGAAACUCUUCAAUAGGGAGGACUGGGAGCUAGCGAACCAAUACUAUGAAGCGGAACAUCGCCAUGAAUCGUACUGCCAGUGCAAACGUGACCACUCGAUCAAGCUCGUGGCGGACAAGCCUGCCCAGUCGUUCCUCAAGGGUGAAACUAUCCGCAUCGCGUUUUCGCGGAAGUUCUCCGAAAAAGACACAGUGAAACUAUUUACAGAUGCACAAUUGCGUCCCAUCCAGCGCUGGACCGACAGCUCGGGGCGGUACUCGCUCUCGCUUCUCGAGCGCCCGCCGUUCAUGUUCCCCAUCCAGCCAACGUCAUCCGCCAUCGCGGGCACGGAAGCACACUUCCGUAUGCAAGAGGUAUAUCCCGUUGUAGGAUAG